AAUCAUUCUUUCCAUAUACUUUGGUUUCUAGGCGCAAGGCGUUACAUCAGGCAGCCGUCUUACCGGGACAGAAGUUUCUCCUUGAUUCUGCUUGUUUCAGCCUUUUCCAAAGCUUUGGAAUGGCGCGCGUGUAUAUAGGCAAUUUGCCCUCGGGUAUCCGAGAAGAGGAGCUUGAGGCGGAGUUCGUGAGGUUCGGACGGCUUCGGAACGUAUGGGUUGCUCGAAAACCGCCAGGAUUUGGCGUUAAACCGGCCUGAUCUGUACCACUUGUCUUCGCCGUCACACAACCCCGUCUCGCCGCCUUCGCCCCAUUAGUUACCUACCAUCGCCCCCAUGCCAACCACUCUGCAAUCCUUCAUCGCCCGCCAUAGCGCCGGCUCAUCUUGCGGCACCUCCCCAUGCACCUUCACCUCCCCACCCCCGCCUCCUGCACCUUCACCACACCUGCGUCGCCCCGCCAUCUGCAUCUCCACAUCACACCGCCAUCUCGCCCACUUCCACCAUCGCCUCGGCACUUCCAGGGCCCAGAUUACAUAUGCUGCACCUUCAUCGAGAUGGACGAUCUACGGGACGCUGAGGACGCUGUGCGGGCCCUGGACGGCUUGAAAGGAUGGCGUGUCGAGAUCUCGCGGAACCGUGGUCCCCCUCCUCGGCCUGGCGGCGGCUUCCGUGGCGGCCCUCCGCCGCCGGUCGACCGCUAUGAUGACUACCGACGAAGCCCGCCCCGCCGCCGGUCGCCUAGCCCCUACCGGCGGGCCAGCCCGCCUCGGCGACGCAGCCCCAGUCCGCCCCGUCGCCGGUCGCCCAGCCCGCCCCGCCGCCGGUCGCCAAGCCCCAUCCGCCGCCGGAGCCCCAGCCCGCCCCGCCGGUCGCCGCCCCGUCGCAUUAGCCCGGUCGUCGAGCGCCGGCCCCGCAGCCCCAGCCCCAUCCGGGAGCGGUCGCUGUCCCCGCCCCGGAGGUCGCCCGUCCGCGAGCUGUCCCCGCCUGUGAGGGAGCGCUCCCGCAGCCGCUCCCCGUGAGCACCGGGGGCUUAUGCGGAGGUGGCAGGGGUGGGAGCUGUGCGAGGGUUGCUCCCUCCUUUCGAGUGUUUGGAUUGCAAGGUACUCGCAGGAAGCAUUCAUUGUGGUUUCAUUCUUCGGUUGAUCGGAGGACGCGUAGUUGGGCCUUGGGGUCGGGCAUUGAGUGUAGUGCAUUCAUGCUUUCAGGGAAGAGAGCGUUAGUGAAGCGGUGUGGUUUGGUGGCUGGUUUGAUUGGCUAGGGUGAUGCUAUUUCGCUGGCUGCGCUUUAUCGGCUGUGCGGGUCAUGCGUGCUAAGUACUGCACUCCAUCAUGAGCCAAUGGUUAUGCGCUUAUUGUGCUGCUUAAUUACCAAGCGGCUCGAGGGUUUUGCAGAGCCACGAAUGACCCAUUGCAGGACCUCCCUAUUGGUCCGUUGCACGUCCAUCAGCGCAUCGACAUUCCCAAUUUCAUUUUAUCCGCAUGUAAGCAAGGAGCGUAUGA